UAAGCAGCACUAGAGAAAAAUGCCAGCAACGACUGACGAUCUUACGAACACUUUUUCGCGCCAAAGUUUGGCCGCAAAACCAAAAGCUGGCUCCGUUUACAGCAAACCAUGAAUGAAGAGGUUAGCACAACAACCUAUCAAAGCCUUAGGGCGUAUAUGUCUCUACCAGAAACCCUAAAAGCCUCCACAUCAACCUCCUCUCUCAGCCCCAACCUCACAGACCAAACCUACGCCCUUUUUCUCAGGUCCGGCCACCGCCUGGACCCCUUCCUCGCCUCCGUUCUCAUUUCGAAAAUUUCCAAGUCGGGUUACUUCUCCCACGUCCUCCGGUUCCUAAACGACGCUCCAUAACCCGAUACAGUCUCCUACAACGCUCUCAUUGCUGGAUUGGCCCAGUUUGGACCACCCGGACCCAUUUUUGGGCUAUUCGAUUGGUUGAGGCACGUGGGCUUAAGGCCUGAUGGGUUUACAGUGAGUGCUCUGGUGAAAGCGUGUGAUGGGUUGGAGGAGAAUGAGGUUGCCCAUGGGGUUUGUUUGAGAUUGGGGUUUGGUUAUGGGGGUUCUGUGGUUAGUGGGUUGGUGGAGAAUUAUAUGAGGAAUGGGGAUGUUGGGUCGGCAGAGAAUUGCUUUGGGGAUUGUUUGGUUGCGGACAAUGUGGCUUGGACUGCUGCUAUGAUUUCUGGGUAUGUUUGGAGCGGCGAGUUGGAGAAGAGUAAGGAGGUGUUUGGGGAGAUGAGGAGGUUGGGUUUGGAGUUGAAUGAGUUUAGCUUGACUGCUGUGCUGGGUGGAUUGUGUGAUGAGAAGGAAGGGGAACAGAUUCAUGGGGUUGCUGUAAAGAUGGGUUUUUUAUGCGGGUUUUCGGUUCAUUUGAGUAAUGCAAUUUUGAAUAUGUACUCUGGGUGUGGGAGUACGCGGAGUGCGGUUAAGGUGUUUGAUGAAAUUAUUGAACCAGAUGUUGUUUCUUGGACUGAGAGGAUAUGAGCUGCUUAUGAUGAUGUGGAAGCUUGGGAAUUGUUUAGAGUUUUGCACUCUCGGGGUUUGGAGGUGAAUGAGUAUAGAUUAUUAAUGUUUUGUCGGCUAUUGGAUGGCCGGGAAUAUUGACACCCGGUAAACAAAUCCAAGCCCUCUGUCAGAAACUGGGGUGCUUGCAGGUGGUUUCUGUUGGCAAUCUGUUGAUAUUCAUGUAUGGGAAAUGUGGGCAAAUUGGUGAUGUUAGGCGUGUGUUUGAUGAUAUGCUUUGCUGAGAUUCUGUUUCUUGGAAUUCUUUGCUUGCUGGAUAUUCUGAGAACGGAUUUGUCACACAGGCUUUUGAGGUUUUUUGGUGCAUGCGUGAUGUCUCAUUACCACCUAAUGGGUAUACUCUGUCUAGCCUUCUUGAAGUUGUGUCCAACUUGAAUUCUCCAAAGCUGGCAAUGCAAAUCCAUUCACAUGUAAUCAAACUUGGGGUUCCUGUUGGAUGAUCUUGUGGUGUCUUGCUUGAUAACAACGUAUGGAAGAUGCAAUUGGAUUGAAGAAGCAAAAAGGGCAUUUUCUAAUACUGACAAGAUAAAUUCGGUACUUCUUAAUUCAAUGGUAGCUAGUUUUGUUUGUGCCGGUUGUCAUGCUGAUGCUAUCAAUUUGUUCUAUACUGCAAGGGGCUUGAAACUUGAAGUGGACUCUUCAACUUUCAGUACUGUCCUUAAAGCUUGUGGUGCUAUAACUGAGUUAGAACAGGGACUAGUGAUUCACUCCCUAGCUCUCAAAACUGGAUUGGAUCAAGGGAGUUUUUUUGUUGAAAGUGCUAUUGUUGACGUUUAUUGCAAGUGCGGAAGCAUAGGUGAUGCAGAAAAGGCAUUUAAGAAUGCUUCCACAAGUAAUUUGGCUUCUUGGAAUGCUAUGGUGAUGGGAUACGCUCAACAUGGUUUUCAACAUGAACUGUCGGAACUAUUCAACAAGAUGUCUAAAUUUGGAAUAAAACCAGAUCAGAUAACUGAUCUGGGACUUCUUACUUCAUGUUGCCAUGCAGGUCUUGUUAAAGAAGCUUUUACUUAAACUCAAUGAUUGAGCUUCAUGAGCUAAAGCCACAUAUCGAACACUAUGCUUGCUUGGUUGACCUACUUGGCCGACUUGGACUCUUAGAAGAUGAUGCUCAUAUAUGGCAGAUUCUUCUAUCGGCCUGUAACAUCCAUAGAAACAUUGAUAUGAGGAAAGUCGCAGCAAGGAAGCUUCUUGAACUGGAGCCUGAAAACGAAACUGCAUAUAUUUUGCUUUCAAAUCUGUAUACCUCAGCUGGCACGUGGAGUGCUGUUGGAAAAGUGAGAAAGGAAAUGAAGGAAAAAAUCGUCUACAAGGAACCUGGUUCUAGUUGGUUUCAAGUUGGAGGAUCGCUUCAUUACUUUUUUGCUGAUGACAAAUUAUAUUCUGGGAAUACAGAAAUACAUACUGAACUAAUAAGGUUGUACCUGCAGAUGUCGGUGACAACAAAAUUGGAAAAUGAUGGUCCGAGUUUAAUGAUCUUUGACAUAUGACCACAUCAUUGUACAUAUUGAACCAUUCACAUUGUUUACUUGGCUACUGUCUAGGAACAGAAGUGGCAUCCUUGCCAUUGAGUGAAGACCUAGUCAUCAGAUGAGGUUCGUGUUCUAUUUAUGAAGUCCAGUCACAUAUGCUCUUGCAUCAGUAUUAUACCAUAUUGCAUUUGGAAGUUCUACUAUAAUAUGACAUUGGUCAUCAACUUUUUAUUUUGGUUUAUGGACUGUUUAGAUAAUUAUUUACCUGCUUUACAAGGUUAUCUUCCAUGGUCCAGUAGCUAUGAGCAUGACCGACAAUAUAACUGAUAAUAUCGUUUUGUUCUGCUAAGUGCUAACAUUGUGAGUUAUGUUUAAAGCUAUGACAGAAAGAAUGUAUGUUGGUUUCUAUUGAAUCAUCUGCGAACUCAUGAAGUUGAAAAUUUCCUUGUUAUUUUUAUUUUUGACGUUCUGGGGUUUUUUCCUUUUCCAAGUCAACUGCUAUGUGUGACUAGAAACUAUCAAUUGAGUUUGAAAGGAAAAAGAAAAACGAUAUGAUAGAAGAAGAGCUAAAUAUAUUAAGAAGUGACGUUUGCGAUCUGAAGAGGUUUUGGAGAGGAAAGAGACUAUUGAAUGAAUGGCAUUUGCAGCUAUUCUUGAUUUUUAUCUGUCCCCGCUUUGGCAGAGGCUUCCGGCUUCUGAAGUUGUUGCAAGUUUCAGUGGUAGAAGCAACAGAGAUCUUGCUGAUCAUUUUCGGUGUUUGCGAUCUGAAAAGGCUUUGGAGAGCCUGGAGACCAUGGAAUGGAUGGCAUUUGCAGCUGUUCUUGAUUUGGUCUGCCCCCUCUUUGGAAGAGGCCUUCUGCUUUGGAGAUUUGAGUGGCCGGAACAUCAAAGACCUUGCUGUUCAUUUCGUAAGCUGAUGAAAUUUUGAUGCUUCUCUCUACAACAAGUUUAAUUGUUUGGUGGAUGUGGAUAUUGUCGCAUUGUGGGGUGUUCAUUUCGUAAACCUUUCUUUAUUUUUAGGUGUGAAAACGCACUCGGGCAGUUAUUGUUCAUUAAUGCAGUAAUUGCCUUAACUCAAUAACUCAAACAAUAGUUGUCUUAGUAAGGUGAAGUUGCUCUAAUGGCUUUGCUUUUCGAUUAGGAUUCCUGUUGAUUGGAUGAACCAAUUUAAUUGUGACAUCUUGCGAGAUAAUUGUACUUCUCUUUAAUUGAAAGAAAAAAAAUCUCUUCGUACUAACAAAUUCCUAACCAAAACAUGAACUUUUCUUUGAAAGAUCCUCGGAAAGACAGUAUUCCUUACCUAAAUAUGCUUGACAUCCAUCACCCUUAGAAUUGUUGUAUAAAAAAUGUUUCCAUUCAAGAAGCAAAGUUCCAUAUUUAAAUCCAAAUUCCUUCAACAUUUUGAAACGUAUAAACAUGGAGUUGAGGACACCCAUAUAGCAAACCAAAUUCCAUCGUUUUGAAGCAAGAAAAUCUGUGUCGGAAGUUAUUCAUUAUUUGUGGUGCAAAACUUGCACGCUGCACAAAUCAAUUGAUCAUGUGUUGUCGAGAAAAUAUCACAGAGAAGAAACAUGGAUAUGCAACUCGCAAGCUGCAUCGGUUGCCUUGUCCUACAAGUUUCCUACAUACAUGUUUCCAAUUCCGAUAACGUAGAGAAUGGGGAAGACCGUCCAUUUGUAACAUAUCUCAUUAUUUUCCUUGAUGUGGUGAUACUUGGAUUUCAUAGCAAGGCACAAUCAAAUGGAACUAUAAGCAUCUGGAUUCCUUAACUAAAGCAAUGGUGCAAAUGUGCCCUUAUUCUUUCCUCUAUUCUGUCACACUAGUCCCUUGUGUCAAAUUCUCUACCCCUACAUGCUACAUCAUUCUUUCUCCAACUUUCCACUAUCUUGUUCCAAUUUCUUCACAACACAAUGGCUACCGUUGUCAAUUUCUCUGGCAAAACCACGAGUCAGAGAAUUUGCCUCAAACCAAUGGCAGGACCAGGACCAGGGCCAGCCAUUGGUAUCAAAAGAACAUGCCAAUUUCCCCUCAGCAGAACAAAUACCGUCCAACAUUGCAUCUAUAUGACAAGGAAGGCACAAGAUAGACUAUUGAAUGAGCACAGGGUGUUUCCUGCAUUAGCAGCAACGAGAAACUCAGACAUUUUUCCGGGAUCUCCUUCUCCAUCGGACACAAUCAAGCAAUUUUACAGAUGCAUCAAUCAGAAAAACUUAAAGCAACUACGUGAUCACAUCUCAGAAGACUGCUACAUUGAAGAGUGCUCUUUCCACACACCAUUACAAGGCAAAAAGGAGGUUAUGAGUUUUUUUGAGCAGCUAACUGCAGGCAUGGGCCAAAAUGUUAAGUUCAUUUUACGACACGUAUGCGAAGGAGAUGAACUAACAGCAGCAGCAAACUGGCAUAUGGAAUGGAAAAACAAACAGAUCCCCUUCACCAGAGGCUGUAGCUUCUUCGAAUGCUCCAAAGAAGGAGAAAAAAUAAUAAUCAAGAAAGCACAGAUAGUUAUUGAAUCACCAAUCAAACCAGGAACACUAGUGCUGAGUAUGUUAAGGACGGUGACUUCACUAUUUGAUGGUUUCCCAAAAAUUGCUGAAUGGUUCCUAAAAAGUCCUCGUAUUGUUUUGCGAUGGUUAUGGAAGAUAUACGCAUUACUUAUCGCACCACUUCUAGAAAGCUACUUAAGGCUUUGGAACCUCGCAGCUCGUAUACUUGGCCAUGCAUACUACAUUUUGCUUUACAUUGCAAAGUUUUUCUUCAACGAGGAAUAACAUUAGA